AUGGUGAGGGUAGUUGUAGAAUGCGGAGUGGAGUGUGGUUCCUCCCUCCCUGUCGCGUGUGGUUCCUCCCUCCCUGUCGCGUGUGCUUCCUCCCUCCCUGUCGCGUGUGCUUCCUCCCUCCCUGUCGCGUGUGCUUCCUCCCUCCCUGUCGCGUGUGGUUCCUCCCUCCCUGUCGCGAUCCGUAGAGUGUACCACUCAUCCUACACGCAUUUGGAGGGUGUGGAGUUUGCAUGCGGUUGCCCCUUGCUGCCGCUCAAAGCCACCGCCAGAGGACCCACUCACAACACCUCCACUGAGGAGACGGACAUAGUGGACGAGGCAAUCACGCUCUUCCGAGCCAACGUGCUGUUCCGCCGCUUUGACAUCCGCGGCCCAGCGGACAAGCUGCUGGUCUACCUCACGCUUUACAUCAACAUGGCUCUAAAGCGCAUCGACUCCUGCCCCUCCGAGGCUGAGGGUAUUAGACUGCUCAUCAACCUGGGAUUGGAGCCUUUUCCUAUUCCGGGCGACCCAGGAUUCCCCCUCGCUGGCUUGUUUGCCACACCGACCAGUCGCCUGGAAGCAGAGACGCUGCGGACGUACCUGCAGAGUGUGAGGGAGGAGACGAGCAACCGGCUGCUGCAGCUGGUGUAUCUCCCCGACGGCUCGCCCAACAAGUGGUGGCUCUCCUUCAGCAAGCGCAAGUUCAUGAACGUUGCCAUGCCCCUCUGA